UGAGCAGCACACUCAUUUGGGGCGAGGAAAAAGCCAGUAGGGGGACCUUAAACUUGGCUGGAGAGAAAAGGCUAAAGCAUUGUUCCUUGAGCGCCUGGGGAGGAGGAUCUGAGGAGGAGAUAAGGAUUAGACGGCAAUGUUGUGGGUUUUCACUGAUGGGGGUACAACUACGAAAAGGAAAAAGCUCAGGAAAGUUAGAGCCUCAUGUUGCCGCUAAGCACUUUGGAGAAGUCAUUUUUUUCCCCCCUCUUUUUGGAGGGGAGAAUGGGAUUAACUAAGUGAGCUAAAUCGGUCACUUGUCUGGAAGUGGUGUGAACUUUUCCCCUUUUUGUCUUCAAAUUCAUACAGACCUACAAGUCAGCAGCAGGAAUUCGAUUAUAACUGAUGUUUGGUGAUGAUAAACUACAGCAGAAGAACCUACUUUUUGAAGGGAGUGCCUAAGGGAUUAGAAACCUUGAAGGAUCCGACUUCCAGAAACAUGACCCCUGGACUGUAUCCAGGCCUUCUCCUGUUGCUGCUCCUCCCUGGCUCGGAGGAGACCUGCCCAUCUAUUUGCCUCUGUGUAUCUGAUGCAGUUAUCUGUAGCUCCAGUGGUCUCUCCAAGCUACCUCUGUCAGUGCCCUCCUUCUCAACGACCCUUGACCUCAGCCACAACCAUUUGUCCUGGUUGGGUCCGGGCAGCUUUAAACGGAUGCCCAGGCUGGAAAACCUCCGGAUGGCCCACAACCAGCUCAGCUCCAUGGGCAUCGGGGUGUUUCACAAUGCUUCUGGCCUGAGGCACCUUGACUUGUCUUCGAACAAGCUGCAGGUGGUGGAGCAACACUACUUUCAGGGUCUGUGGAGGCUGGAGGAGCUCCUUCUUUACAAUAACAAGAUUGCACAGGUGGAGUCCAGCACACUGAUUGGUCUGAGCAGCUUAAAGAAGGCCUACUUCAGCCUCAACCAGAUCACACACUUCCCGUUCUUCUCCAUCCAAGACCACAGUCAUCCUUUCCUUACCAUGCUAGACCUCUCGUCCAACCGGAUGUCGCGCCUGCCGUGGGAGGACGUAAAAGCUUUGCCCAGGUUGGUGCAGCGCGGGCUAUACCUCCAUAACAACUCGCUGAUCUGCGACUGCUCAAUGUACAGUGUCUUCUGGCAUUGGGAUCUGAGAGGGUAUGAGUCUCUGAAGGACUUUACGGAUGAGCACACUUGCACCAUGCAUGGGGACCAACGAGGGUCCAUUCGAUUCCUCCGAUAUACACGCUUCUUCCAAAAUUGCUCAAUGGAAAAAGCUGUCUCGCAGCCGUUGACCGUGCUACUCUCCAACGUCUUGGUUUCAGAGGGAGGAAGAGUGCGUCUAGACUGCCAAACAUCCCUGAGCAGCACAGAUCUCUCAUUUACAUGGCUCUCCCCCAGCAAGGGGUACAUCACCGAGGACAGCAUUAAUGACACACUAAUUAGCCUAUUUCCUAAUGGUACCUUGGAGAUUCAAGCAGCCAAGGUCAAUGACUCAGGCUUGUACGUGUGCACCGCCGUGGAUAUUAAACAGGCACUGAAUGCAACCCGGGAGGUGAAUGUGACAGUGCUUCUGCCUGCAGCUGAGUCCUUUAACACUGGUUACACAACGUUGCUAGGCUGUGUGGUGACCAUGAUCUCCAUCCUUGUCUACCUCUACCUGACUCCUUGUCGCUGUAGCUGCUGCAAACAGCCAAAACCUCCAGUUAUCCCCGUCGCAACUUACGAUCCCAGCACCCUGACUUCUGUCUUCAGCCCCUCUGCAAGAGACCAGUCCAAAAUUCAAACUAACAAGCACGUAGCAUUUAUGGAGCCGAUGUUAAGUGAGGAAGGAACACAGUGGACACUUGAAAGUUGAUGUUGCAAAAGUUUUUUUUGUGUGUCAGAAACCGAUGACCUCUGGAGAAAGCAAAAAUCCUUACUCAGGGAAUAGCAUCAGACACAAUCAGAAGUGAGUGUAAAUGCUGUAAAUGAAAAAAGAACAUCAUGUAUCUCUUCUCUCUGCAAGAUGAAGAUUAAACGCCUCAGGAUCAGGAACAAAAACAAAGUAAAGUGAUACCUCCUCUUCCAGACUUGCUUUUCGCUGUCAUCUGACCCAAAAGUAAAAAUGAAAGUUUUAACUUUAUUUUAUCCUCCUCUGUGAUUUUGCAAAAUCACAGAAGAGCCAUUAACAGCCCUUAAAAAGGUAUCCGUGUACUCAGGUGCAGAACUGAUGGGGGAGGGGGAUAUUUCUCGAGGGAUCAGUAAAUGAAUAUAGCUCAUAUUUCACAGCAAGUGUUUUACAAGGACAGAAAGCUCCAGGACAACACUGUGAGUUUAUGGCUCCCCUUGACUGAAAAGAGUAAGUUCAAUGUGUGUAUCUCCACAUUUUGUCCGUUAGAGAACCUUGCAUGUCAUUAAGCUAACUUUAAAUAAACUGUACAUCCAUUAUAUUUCGUAUAAUACUAAGCAUAAAGUACCUAAAACUCACUCCAACCACUGUGAAUGUUCCUUGUGACUAUACCCCUGUGGAUUUAACCAAAAUUGAAUUUCUGACUAAUUGACUUAUCUAAAAAUAAGAAAACAAAUAGAAAACAGUCAAGAUUAAGCACAAUUUACGUGAAGCCUAUUUAAUUGCUGUUUGAAAGAGUUCAUCACAUUCUUCCUUAAGUCAUUUGAAGGCUAUUCUAAAUGUG